AUGUCCGUGGUCCACUCCCGUGUUUCAUAUUGCUGUCUCACAUGGUGGUCUCUCACCAUAGUCUCACAUGGUUAUCUCUCACUUGAGUUUCGUGGGAAAUGGGUUGUUGGCGUAGCUUUGUACAGAGACCAUUCUGAGCAGCUGGCCGUAGAUAGUUUGGUGUUCAGUUUUGUGGCGACGUCGGCAGUGGUUCCGGGUGUGUUAUUGUGUCCGAGUUUGAAGCGGGCGUUGUUGAAUGUGGUGUUGUUGAUUGUGCACUUGAGGUUACUGAAAGCUGCUCCACCUGCAGUGGGAAGGUUGCAGGGUGGGAGUCGUCCUGCUAGUCGGCAGUUGACGCCUCGAAGUCGGAUGGCUGAGAUGUAUUUGAUGGUUGGGAUCGGGUUGGUAUCGGUUACACACGUGUGUGUGUUGCACAUGGUGUUGGGCAAUUCAAGUUUCUGGCUGGUACGGGCGUUGGGCAAGCUGUUGACGCUGUCCUACCUGUCGGCCUUGGCGGUCUUCACGGGAAGUGUGGAAGACCGGCUCGUCAAAUAUCACAGACACUGGCUCUGGACCUUCGGACAGUGUGCACCCUCAGCAUUACUGCUGGCCUACGUCCCCAAGCUCGAGGCGUUGGCCUCUGUACUUCUCGUCCAUAACGUCUACUGCUUAGCCAGCCAGGCACCGGUAGCCUACGAAUAUCCCCCCACCCCACCUGGAUCAGACAUUGCCGCCACCGGUCUCGAGGAGUACUUAAUGGACACCGCUUACUACUUCCCCUGGGCCAAUUGGACCGUAGACCUUAUCGGCUAUCUAUACGACACCUUCAAACCAACCUACCGCUGGCGGAAGCGGCUUACCGCAUCAACCAGCGACACCGAAUGGGACGUCGUUCCUAAUCGACGAAAACCCGCUGGAACAAAGGCAAAGUCGCCCCUCCCACCAAGUCAGGACUAA